GUCGGGGCCCCGGAGCCCUCUUCCUCUAUGGGCCGGAGAGGCCACGGCGGCCCAUGUGCCGCCAGGGUGUGAGACGGAGGCCGAGGGGCAUGGCGGGGGGCGCCGACCCCGGGGACCCCGGAGGCCCCGGCUCCCAGUAUUUCGUCUACGAGGUGCCCGCCUGGAUCAUGUGCCGCUUCUACAAUGUGAUGGACACGCUGGAGGACUCGGACUGGAACAAGUUCGCCUCCCUGAUCGUCCGGGACCAGACGGAGCUACGGCUGCACGAGCGGACGCCUGCCCGCACUGCCAGCAUCAUGUGGCCCUGGGUCAACCGCAACGCCCGCGUCGGCGACCUCAUUCAGAUCCUGACCGACCUCCAGCUGCUCCGGGCCCGGGACAUCAUCACCUCCUGGCAUCCUCCUCCACGGUUGCUGCAUGGGGCUCCGCUGCACCCCACCCCCUUGGAGUACAGGCCGGCCCCGCCGCGCCUCGCCCCCUCCCCCGGGCCUGGGCCCAGCCAAGGGGACACCGCCACGAUGCCAAAGAAGCUGCCCUCCUCCUUCUCCUCCACCUCCACCUUCCCCUCUCCAGGCUUUCUCUCGGACUGUGUGCCCGCAUCCCACCCACCCCUGAACCUCCAGCACCAAGGCCCCUCUGCUCCUGCGCCUCCCAGUUUAAACUCCAGCUCCUUGUCCUCCGAGAAGCAGAAAGAAGAACGUUCCUGCUUCUCGGAACUGGCGGGCGGGCGGGCCCCCUUCCGCUGGCCAUUCCCGGAAGUGUCCCAGGGCACCAGGAACUUCUCGGAGCAACUGAAGAUCGGGGAGGGUGGUUUCGGCUGCGUGUACCGGGCCACCAUGAGGAACACGGAGUAUGCGGUGAAGAAGCUGAAGGAGGUGAAGGACGCAGAGCUGGAGUGGAGUGUGGUGAAGAAGAGCUUUGUGACAGAAGUGGAAAAACUCUCCCGGUUCCGCCACCCCAACAUCGUGGACUUUGCUGGCUAUUGUGUGGAGGGCGGGCUAUACUGCCUGGUCUACGUGUUCCUGCCGAAUGGCUCCCUGGAGGACCGGCUUCACGGCCAGAGGAGAAGCCUCGCCCCUCUCUCCUGGGCCCAGCGGGUGGACAUUCUCGUGGGCACUGCCAGGGCCAUCCAGUUCCUGCACCGUGACAACCCCAGUCUGAUCCACGGAGACGUGAAGAGUUCAAAUAUCCUCCUGGACGAGAAGCUGACGCCGAAACUGGGUGACUUUGGCCUGGCCCGCUUCAGCCGGUUCACCGGCGCCAGUUCCGGUAGGAGCAGCUCGCUGGCCCGGACGCAGACGGUGCGGGGCACGCUGGCCUACCUGCCCGAAGAGUACGUGAAGACAGGGAAGCUGACUGUGGAAAUCGACACGUACAGUUUUGGCGUGGUGUUGCUGGAGAUCCUGACAGGACGAAGAGCCAUGGAGUCGGCCGGGGACGGCCGGUCGCGAGCCAAGUACCUCAAAGACCUGGUGGAGGAGGAAGACGUAGAGGCCGACGAGCCGCAGAAGAGGAAUUGGCCCUCGACCAGCGGGGACAUCUCGGCGUCGGAUGUUCGGGCGGCGGCAGUGGCCACGCGGCUCUACAGGAAGCAUUUGGACUCAGUGGCGGGGCCGUGUCCUGAGGAAUUGGCCAGGGAGUUGGGCCAGUUGGCCUGCCGGUGUCUCCAUCGCAGGGGCAAGAGACGGCCCCUGAUGACUGAGGUCUACGAGAGGCUGGAGAAGCUGCAGACCAGGGGAGACCAGUCCUAUGGGCAAGACACCGGCAGGAGCAAGGGGCCGGCCUCCCCCCAGGAGAAUUCUUACAUGUUCACUCCCCACUGUGCACCUGAGGACAGAGAAGGCUUUCGAAUCCCCCACUACAGGGUUAGCGGUCCCCAGCCCCUCCAAACCAAAGGGGAAGCCUACCUAAGGGGGCACUUCCGGCCUCGCCCCAACCAGCCGGUGGAGAGUGACGAGAGCGUGUCCGACGCCUGUGCCGCGGUCGGCUCCUUGAGCUUGAGCUACACCUCGGCACAGAGCCCGAGUCCACCGGGAGGCCCGGGGGGGCCGACUGGGGGGACGCCGGCAGCUGGCUCCCUCGCUGAGCCGCAGAGCUGGGGUCGUGGGGCUCCGGCAGCUUGGGGCCACAAUUUCCCGGCCUCAGUGGACUCUGGGCAAGGAGGCUCGGGUCGGUGUUGGGAAGACCAGGCCCAAGAGGAGAGCUCCAGGCUGGGCCGGACAUCGUCUGAGGAACACAGUUCUCAAGGUGACUCAUUGCCUGUGAGCCACCAGAUAAUCAUUAACCCUGCCCGGCAGAAGUUUGUCCAGAAGUUGGCACUGUACAAAGAUGGGGUGCUGGACAGUUUGGAACUCCUCUCUUCUAGCUCCUCCCCAGGGUUGGCACCAGAGCCCAGAACCUCCCAGGGUCCAGAGGAGAGUGAUGACUUUCAGAGCUGAGUUGCAUAUGUGGACAGAUACCCAAAUGUGGAAGAAAAAGUUCUCAUCGUUGGAAGUUCUCAAAGUCCAAGAACACUUACCCCUCAGGCUCAUCCCAACUGCGUUGUGGGUAGCGGGAAUGAAGGCCCGGGCCCGCUGCAAGGGAGAGGAGAGCAGAGGCUAGGAGAAGGAUCCCAGAGGAUGAAGAUGGUCACUCCAAGAGCUGCCGGGACCCUUGUCCCAGCGGUCUAGAGGCCAGAGGUUUCACGCGGAUAGCUUCCAAACAGAUUCCGACGUCCCCGUUGACCCUCCCAUCCAACUUUUUCAGAAUGCUUCAGAUUUCUCCAGUGAGACCUUUCAGAUCCGAUCCCCUGAUGAGGAACCGUGCCGUUUUGUAUUUUGAGAGCUUGAAGUUGGGAGGCCCUCACUGUUAACGUUGGCAGGAAUCUCUUCAUCAGCUUGCGGUACUCUGUGCCAGCCAGCUCCAUGCCACACACCUGGAGUUAGUACUGGGGAGGAGAAAGGGUUUCACCAGAACAGCACAACUCUCUCCAUGUUGCUGGGACAUUUACCACCAGGGCGGGGAGAGAUGUGUGUGUCUGCAAAGAGUAUGGCAAUUCACCUUUCCCUACUGUUAGCAAGGGCUGGGCUGGGGGAGGUGAGUUAGAGGUUUUUGUUGAUGGAAUUGGGAGUAGGUGGGGGAUUUUAACAUCUUCCUUCUCCUAAGAGUUUGACUUGAAAAAAGCCAGUUCCUGAGAGGGCACUUCAGAAGUGGUCACACCCUCAAUCAACGGUAUUGAUUGAGUGCUUAGUGUGGGCAGGGCUCUGUACUAAGUGCUCGGUAGAUGCGGUCCUGGCCCCCUAGGAGCUCAAAGUCUAGAGGGGCUCACAUCAUUCAGACAAACACUGUGAGCCGAUCACAGCCCCAAAGCUACGCUCCCCAGGAGGAAGGGAAGAUUCUGAACAGUAAUUUAGGUGCAUCCGUAUGCACCUGUGAGGACUCGGAUUAAAAAUUGAUAAGACUAGCUACACACUGCAUCGUUAAGCUUUUUGGACCAACGGAGGCGAAACUUUUUUCAAGGGGGCAAAGCCAUCAAAAUCUGAGGACUUGAUGCUCCCCAGUCCUCUGUCUGAAGAUAUUUCUCUCCUUGUUCUGACCCUGGAGCAGGAACAAUCAAUCAUUGGUAUUUAUUGAGCGCUUACUACAUGCAGGGCACUGUGGUAAGCACGUGGGAGAGUAUGAUAUAACUCAGUUGGUAGGCACGUUCCCUGCCCACAGCGAGCUGACAGCCUAGAGGAAGGAGACUCUGAUGUUUAAGUCUCAAGUAACACAUCGGGUCUUUUGGCACCACAUCUGCCGACGACUGCGCUUCCGUGCUCAUGUCUAACGAAAAGACUCAAAUGCCUGAAGGUCUCUAGCUUUAGCCAGUUCUUCAGGCCAAACAGAAGGGGUUGCCAACAGCAGACACCUGGGAGGCAGCACCGUUCUGUCAGGCUCAUGAGAUUUCUGAUUUGGGGCAGGAGAAGAAAGACUGUAUUGAAGCGACAGAAAGGGGAAGAGGAAGGUGCAGCAGUGGCUGAAGUGCAGAGCGAACCGUAUUCAUACUUGAAAAAAACAACAACCAACCAAAUCCUUCACGAUAAGUAACUGCUCUGAAAGGCUCAGACGCCCUGCAGACGCCGGUGGACACAGAGCUGUUGGGUUGGAUGGUUUCGCUUCCUCCCAACCGACCUCUCAUCACUACGUAGAAGGCCCGGUGGGGCCAACUUGGAACAAAGCUAUGCAUUGGUGAAGAUGAAGUUUUUCCCAGAGCAAUAAAGUGUUUUUUGUAUAUUUUUUAA